AUGAGUCACUCAGGUAUGAGAAGCUCCUCCACCUCCUACCGCAGGACAUUUGGGGCUCCAGUCCUUUCCCCGCUGUCCUAUUCCUCCUCUUCCAGACUCUCAACUUCCAGACAUUUGGGCAGCCCAUCCCCGGGUCCCUCCAGCCGAUCCUCAGCCUACCGGGUGAGGUCCAGCACCCCAAUCCGUGUGUCUGUGGACCGGGUGGACUUCUCUGUGGCUGACGCCAUCAACCAGGAGUUCCUGACUACCCGCAGCAAUGAGAAAGCCGAGAUGCAGGAGCUCAAUGAUCGCUUCGCCAGCUUCAUUGAGAAGGUUCGCUACCUGGAGCAGCAGAAUGCCGUGCUGGUCACCGAGAUCAACCAGGCCAGGUCCAAGGAGCCCACCCGGGCUGCUGAUCUGUGCCAGCAGGAGCUCAGGGAGCUGAGGAGACAGCUGGACCUCCUGGCCAAGGACAGAGACAACAUCCAGGUGGACAGAGACAACUUGGCCGAGGACCUGUCUUUCCUGAAACAAAGGUGA